UCUUUAAUGCAAUAUUGUUAAGUCGAAAAACGGAUCUCCAUUUUUUAACUUGUACAUGAAAACAAUUCUGUCAGACACCUCAUCUUCAAACGAUUCAAUAAAUGUGCAUACUUUCGUCCCAGACAGCUCAGACACUUGAGAAAACUUUCAUUUUCUCCAAAUAAAAAACCCUCUUUAUCUUCGCUGACAGUUUAUUGAGGUAAAUGUUUCUUGCUGACGGUGAUUGCAUUGUGGCCCCAUUACAGGACAUCCGAAGUGUCUGGCAGAAAAGUUGGACAAAUAAAGAUUAAACAACCAAUAAAUAAAAACUGGAAAGUGACGUGCCUGUGGAUGAAUAUGGGUGUAUUUAAUUAACGUUACAGUGAUGCAAUUACGUUCAUGGAUUUGCCGUUGGUGAGGAGAAAAACCCGAGAAAGUUUCAAUUUGAAAUUUGCAAAUACGUUUUCUAGCAGAGGGAAUAUGUCACAAGGCAUCGGCAAGGCAAUAAAUGUCGCCCCAAGAUGGCGUAAAGUUGAUGAUCCGUCCCGAUUUGAUUAAAGUCAACUCAAUUCACGCCAGUUUAUUGAGAAGCAGAUUCCAUUGCCGAUAGUACCAUACUAUACUGAAGGCCGGGUCCAUUCAUUCAGCCGGGUGAUGCAGGCUGUAUAAUCGAUCAGACAGACAUUGGUUAUAAAGGCUUGGCCGGUAUCAUGGAGCUGGUCAUUCGAUAUAAGACUUUGGCCGAGGGAAGAUGCUAGUUGGGAGAUUCCACUGAGCCAGUAGGUUGGUUAACUAAUAAUUGAUUGGGUUGUGCCACUGUGGAAAUCUUGAGGGAAGAUAGAUUAUUGAUUUUGGUUGGAGUAAGCGUCUUCUAUCCUCAAGACUGUAUGGCUAGCUGAUGGAGAGCGCGAGACAAGGACGGGGAACGUGGUCGAAGGACCAGUCUGAAUCAAUCUGUUGGGCCACGGCGACGGGUCCACUGCUGUUUGAGAGAGUACUGUGGAUGUGAGCAUGGUCAUGAGCCACGAGCCGUCCGCUGUAGCGAGUCGAUUCCAGUCCCCGUAAACUCUAUUACAGUCAGAUAGCCAGAACUGAAAACCUCGAUGUAGAGGUGCGAUUACGUUGUGCGCGUGGCUUGCUCGUGACAAGCAGACGACCGUUUGUGUAUCGCACAGUACAGAACCCAGCUGGCCAACAGACGUAACUGGUGCUUAUUAGAUGGAAGAUUCUGACUGGACCAUCACAUGACAAGGUCUAAUGGUCAAGUCUGGAGGACAAGACACGAUUUGGUUAUGGACUGUAGAGAUGUAGAUUCGGCCACAUCAGAUCUUCCCUAAGAUGCGGGUGAUGAAGAAUAUACGUAUUUCAUAAUUCGGCAUGAAUUGUUCCUCUGGACGAAAUGAUGCCUUUUGAAGCGAUGGCUGAUGAUAAGAGAAGGAGGUAGCGAUCAGUACAGAACGACACGAUGUUGCUGCUGCUGAUGUUGGUGGUGGUUGUAGGUGCUGUGCAGUCUUCCGCUAAGACAGACAUCAAGCCACCGUACGACUGUCACCCGUUCUACUACACCAUCCCCGAGUGUGUGGACCACCCCGACGGGUAUGGGUGCGAGUGUGGCCCUGGGUUCCACUGGAACACCUACAUGUGCAUGUCCUCAGCAAUCGAUUCCAGAUUUGAAUAUAAGGCCCAAACCCCUGCCAGAUACACCUUGCUACUUGGAAAAGCUUUUCCAAAAUUAGACGAUUUUACCAUUGCUUUUUGGAUGAACGUAAGCGACCCACUUCAUCCGGGGACUAUUCUGUCAUACAAACAUGGCGACACGGAGAACCUUCUGCGCAUGAUGAGCGGCCCAACGUUGCAAUUUGAAAUCUGGGGUCAGAGGGAAGACACAGAGAUAAUACUUGACCCCCACGUGUGGUACCACAUCAUGUGGACAUGGACAUCAUCGAACGGCAGAUGGACACUGUUUCUCAAUGGGGAAAGCCGACACAGAGGUGUGAUGGACAAAGUGCUACGACCUGUUCCACUGGGCGGGGAAUUCGUUCUCGGCCAGUCAUCACGCCCGAAGGAUAAAGUGUUGUUCAACGUCACAUACGGACUAGAUGGGGACCUGGCGCAUUUGAAUAUUUGGGACUACACAAUGGAGGAGCCGGAGCUAAAGCAAAUAAUCGCAUCUUGCAAGUUCAUGUAUUGUGGCAAUGCUGUUGAGUGGGUCGAAUUCAGAAGCGGUACGAGGGGAGCCAUGAAGAUGCGAUGGCCAUCCGGUGUUCUCACUGGGGAGUGUUUCACGGAGAAGAUUGCCGCCGAAACGUGUGACAACUUCUGUAGCGACCUCAUAGGUGCCCAGUGUAACAGGGAAACCGUGGAGAACAUCGAGUGGACGAGGACGAAGGCAGAGAAGAACAUCAGCAUUGUGUGCCCGGGUCAGGAGGCAGCGGAGAAGAAGAACCUUACCGUGGACUACGCCACCAGAGCCUGUCGACUCCAAGAGAACGACAACAACGGCAUCUGGGACAUCCCACACAUCGAUGACUGCAUCUCGGAAGACCUCAUGGACCUCAAAAGAGAGUUCAAUGAGUUCACCACAUCCGGUAUCAAUGAGAUGUCUGUGCUGGAGUUGGCGUUUAAGCUCUUGAACCACACCGAGGACCACACUUACCUCAACCCCAUCGACAUCGCGUCUGUCAUCGACCUCAUCGAAAUCCUGGUCAAGACGCAGGGAGUGACCCCUCGGACUAUCACCUGGCGGGAAGGAGGGUCAACGUAUGCUCGUACCGACGAAAUCUAUCCCACGUUUGACCAAACACAGACCUUCUGCCAGAUACUGGCCUCAGUCGUAGACAAUCUCCUCAACUCUAAAAAUGAGAAAGGCUGGAACGCUACACAGCCUUCUGGUGUUGAGGGGGAUAACCUUAUGAAGGUCAUGCAUGAUUUUGCUGACGUCAUCUCGCGAAGUCUCGUCUUCCACGUGAUCGACGGAAUCAAGACAUACAGGGAGGCGUUUAUUCGAGUCUUCAAGAGCAAUAUAGAGUUUAAGAUCGAGACACACUGGAUCGAGAAGUUUAACGGUAUCCUCUUUCCUGAUUCGUACGACUUCAAGAGCGACACUCUCAAGUUUGAAGACGGCUCAGUGAGGAUCCAAGGAGACGCCUUUCUUACCCAGAAUGCAUCGCAGCUUCCAGUGUUCAUCGGUAUAUCAGCGUUUAGAUAUCCAACGCUUGCACGGGUUCUUCCAGGUCAAGCGGUCAAAAGCCGGCGCAAGGACGACUGGGUGAACACUCCUAUCGUUGCGUUGUUCACACAUAUGGGGGAUCUCUCGCUGUCACAGAACCUCACAUCACCCAUCAUCAUUGAUCUUCCAUUUCUAGACACAUUCAAUAUAUCCAAUCCCGACUGUGUAAGGUUGAACCAUCGAAAUAGAACCCGGAAAUGGACAUGGACGAGAAGUAACUGCGAGGUUCUCGAAUACAGACCGCAAUCAGUCAUGUGCGCAUGCUCAGUGCCUGGCGUGUUUGCCGUCACCACUGACAUGUUCAAUGAAAAUUGGGACAAGGGAGAUAAGCGCCCAGAGCUGAUGAACUUCGCGUCCUAUAUUGGAUGCACAGUAUCUGCCACCCUGUGUCUACUCUCCGUCCUUAUACACGUAUAUGUCAAAACCUCCUCCACAACGGCGUCUCUUCACAAGAACCUGUGUUUGUCCGUCAUGUUCGCUCAGAUGGUCUUCAUGUUCGGCAUCGACAGAUACGACCAGCCGGUUGUCUGUCAGGUGUUCGCCAUCCUCCUGCACUACUUCUUCCUGGCCACGUACUCGUGGUUGAUGAAUGAAGCCUUCAACCUGUACAUCGUCAUCACGUACUCCGCCCACAACCAAGGCGAGCUCACGGACUCGGGCUCCCUCGUCAGAUACUACGUCCUCGGCUGGGUGAUACCCGCUGUACUUGUGGGGGCUUUCGUUGGGAGUCACUCGGAUAAUUAUUACGCACCAGACAUGUGUUGGAUUGCCUGGGAACAUUUUUGGUUAUUUAUUGGUCCUGCAGUGGGCGUUUUAGCGAUAAAUAUUUUAGUGUUGAUAUUUACCGCCAAAGAACACAACGAAAAUUCCUACACGAAAAGUGAAAAGACUAAUAAAGUUAUAUUAAUCCAUAUGAAGGGCGUGUGGACCCAGCUUAUUCUAAACACCGUAUGUUGGUCGUUUGCCUUCAUCUCCAUAAAGAUGGUGGACACAAUAUUGAAAUACCUAUUUGCCAUGUUUAAUUUUUUACAGGGUGCUUUCUUCGUAGUGUUUUUCGUCCUACUGCAUGAAGAGGUGCGUGCUGUGUUAAAAAAUCGACAGAAGAAGAAGGCUCUGACGACCCAGGGCUUCGAGUACAACGAUGACCACUCUCUGGACUCCCUGGCUUCAUGCUCCGUACUGGACAAGGAAGCGUGUGUGGAGGCGGUGCCCCUUGACCCGAAGCCCGUGAGGAGACGAGAGUUGAUUCAACGGAAGCAGAAAAGUCACAUCGAGGCUAGCAGUGACGAGGGAUCAGAUUGUGAAAUGAUCACUUCCGUUUAAACAUGGCUACAUCCAAUACAAACAGUAUCAUAACACCAAGGCAUCCAUGAUGCAAUAAAGUGUUCAAUCAAGUGGAGUAUAUAUUCGAGAUCCCACAACACUUAAGAAAUAUGUGAUUUCAACGAAAUGUCCGAUUUAUGGAAACGUGUGACAAUGUGACCACAGGAUUUGCAAAGAUGAAUUACCUUUCCCACGAAACUGAUAUGGUCUUCGACUAAAUUAAGUUCAAAGGGGAUUGUCAUCAAUCAGCAUAAUCUUGAUGUUCCCAAGUAUGAAUUCCUGUGAUGAUUGUUGAAUACACAUCCGGGAACCGUCGUUGUUUAUUAGAACAGACAUUCCAUCAGAAGACGUAACAGAGCAGCAUGCAAGAGCACAUCCUGGCUUCAAGCAUCCAGUCCUUAGAUGCGUAAUUGUGACAAAUGGCAAAAGUGUAUUAUGUAUUCAUUCAUUAUAUCCCUGCCAACAGUACUGCCACAUACAAGCCAUCAAAUAUUGCUGUUACAGAUAUUGUAUAUUUCUAAUAGUAUUAUGCAGUGAGAUGAUAAAACUAAAAGUUCACGUUUUGUUAAAAAAUCUAUUUCGGUCUUCAUCAGAUUAUGUGUACAAAAAUAGUUAAUCACCGCAUACAAUAUAAUUCCUUAAAAAUGGUAAUGUUUUAAAAAUAGUAACCCUUCACCAGUUCAUGAAUGAAGUUUAUUAAACACGUGAGAUGCCAUUUUGAAAUACUGACACUGGAAUCAUUUAUCGAUGUGAUAUGUUUUGUAACUGCUUCAAUAGGUAUUCAAGUCAAAGCUUUAUGUCAAAGGUUAUGAUCCAGUUCUUGCGAACACCGGGAGGAAUAACAGUGUUCUUGUCCAAACUGUGCAUGACUUCUAUAGCUACUUCCUCUGAAGGAUACAUGGAGGUUCAGAAUAUAAGACAAUAUAGAAGCGGUACUUAACUUUUAAACCUGUUUGACAUUUCCUUUCAGUCUGGCCAGUUUGACCAUCAAGAUGACCACAUUGUUCCUGGAAAUAUGUAACAUGCAAUAUAAGAAUUGUUUGAGAGACUUCAUAAUUGUGUUUGUUUUGUACAAAACAGGCUUUUAGCAAUUAGUUUUUUCGGAGUCCAAUGCUGCUGAAUUCGGCGUUCAGCAAUUUACAAACAUAUCUUAGUGUCAAAUAUAAUGCUGUCAGUUUUGCAUCAUCACUGAGAAUGAUAUUUUAACGCAACAAGACGUGCAUAUGGACAGGAACGUCAAAAAAUACAGGUCAACAAUUUGAGAUUUGGGAGUUUUUAGUAUUCUUAAAAUACUUUAUCCAUGCCCAACUGUACUGGAAGGUAACGGUAGAGUGCAAGCCAACCAAUGUACCUUGCAAUAAUGUGUAUUGGUUAUGAAUGAAGAUGUACGUAUAUUUGACGUUACAAAUUUGAGCGUUUCCACAGAUACCACGUUUGAAUUUACGCCUAUUGCACAGCUUCCUUUAUGUGUGUACGAACUAUUCUAAUCAUAAGUCUUACUUAAUAUGGGUGUGAGAUGUUGAUAUGUAAUUCCAAGCAUAUUUGCGCGUUUGUAUAUAUAUAUAUACAUGUACUUGUUAUGCUGAAAUAUAUGUGUGAUGUUUGUGUUGAAAAUCUGUAUAUGUUUUGUCAUAGAAUAUGUUGAUAUAGCAAUGUUACUUGUUUGAUACAGUUUAUAUAUACUGUUGUUUAUACCAUUGUAUAUUAUUUGCUACGAUCAUACCAAAAAUCAAACGGUUUUGUUUGUUUAGUGAGAGUGCUUCAUUAAGCCGUUUUGUUACACAGUAUUGCCCGCUGCUAUACGUUCCUGCUUGAUGUGUGAAGGUUGUUAGUGUGAAUUUGCAAUAGUUGUUUCAAUGUAGUAUGAAUUUGUUAAUUUUGAAAGAAAAGCAAAAUACCUGCUGCAAUAUUUAUCUGAUUGAAUACAUAUUUUCGAUUACUUCAGUCAUGCAACAUCAAAGGACAUUUUGCUCUGUACCAUCAUUCGUUUACGUUUCCAGGAGUUGUAGAUAUAACAAUCAGUACCGUUUAUCCCUUGAAACAGAUUCCAUUGAGUGUUGAAUUCAAAUAGUGGUGGACAUUAUGGAUCACUGACAAUACGCGACGACAACAGGCCAUAACUCGAAUGAGUUAACAAUGAAUCGUGGCAGUCAUGUGGGUCAAAGUACAGGUAUGUCAGUCAAACAGACCACAAUGUAACCAAUGACAACAGUGUUUUCCAAGUUCAUUUUCAAAACAAACUGUGGUGAUUUCUUAUUUCACAAUAUCCGUGAGCAUGCUAGAGUUCUUUGACGGUUUACAGGGAAAACUCGUGAGAGUUUUGGUGGCGUUACCGCUUACAUACAUGAGAGCUUUGACGGUGUAACCGGUUACAUACACGAGAGCUUUGGCUGUGUUACCGGUUACAUUCAUGAGUGUUUUGGUGGUGUUACCGGUUACAUACAUGAGAGCUUUGGUGGUGUUACCGGUUACAUACAUGAGAGCAUGUGUGGUGUUACCGGUUACAUACAUGAGAGUUUGACGGCGUACAGGGAACACUCAUGAGAGCUUGGCGGUAUUACCCAGCGCUCUUGCCAGAAGCAUCCUUGAACGUGUAGACAAUGUUACCAUGAAUAUGCUUGUUAACUGUGGUUAUGUCACCUUAAGUAUAUUCACGAGCUGUGAGUACCUAUACAGCGAGUAUGCUUGGUAGCUUUGUCGGUGUCACUUGGAAUAUUCAUCACA